AUGGCAUUUAGUACGACACACCAAAGAAUUCUGGACAGUAAUAUUCGACACUUAUACAGUGGAUUACCAACUGAAAUACGUUUCCGGAAACCUGGAUUUAAACAUGUUCUGGAUCCAGUUGCCAGGGCGCGUGAAGACCAAAAUCGCGCCGCGAAGAGAUUCCUCUGCAGAUAUUUGGAAUACAAUGCUAAGUACGACAUUGAAAUCCCACGUGCUCCAGCAUUCAGAAUCGUUACUAGGGAGCAAGCAGACGCCAUUGUGGAUAGGGUUUCCAGACCAACCACUAGCUGUAAGCUGAAACGUGAAAUAUGCCCUCGUGAGCACCGUCGUCAGUUGAAAGACCUAUGUGCAGAUUGCGAACUGAACACAAUUUCUAGACCAGUUUCACGCAAAGAAUUGCGUGACAUAAAUAAACGGCUGUUGACUCCAACUGUUGCAACAAAUGUGAGGAACAGCACACGUCCAUACCAGGAGUUUGUGCUCACAAAUGUCACCAAUGCAUGUGAGCGCGAGGCACGCCCUGUAUCACAGAGAUGCCGACUUCGGUUCGAACACGAGGAUGAAAGAGACGCAGUCUUAAAGGUUACAGCUACCUCUGAUGGUCGUUACAGUCUCUCAAUCAACAAUGUCACCUUUCUUACAAGUCAGAGGUUCUUCCUCAUCUCUAAUGGCAACACGUACGAAAGAGCAAAUCUCACGCUUAAUGCGACACAGAAAGGUUCAGGUACAGAUGGACUCCUGGGGAACUACACUUUCACCAAGUUAGAAUAUAUUGUUCCUCCUAGUAACAUAGUUGAAGCAUGGAUCAAAGAUUUUUCACCCAAACCUUUCGUUACAUUUGAAUUGCUUUAUGUGGAUGGAAUAAACGGCACCCGCUCUGUCGAUUGUCCAGCUGUUAGCUAUCCGCCAACUCACACUUUCCUGAGAUGCUUUAACCAAACGUCUGCGGGAUUUCCAAGUUUUCAAGUUCAGUCUUCAUCAAGGACACUUGGUUACCUGAACUUGGGGGGUAAAAUGGUCGGGGACUAUGACAAACAACUGGGCAUUUUCAAUGCAAAAACCCCUAAGAUGACAGAUGGUAUAAAGGGUGGUCCUCUGGCUGUAUUCGAUGCUAGUGGAAAUACCAUACUCAUAUCCCCAUUCAACAACUUUAUGGCGACUUCGAUGUGGCACGACCAGUCACCGGGAGGAUCGGUUAACUGGGGAGUGAUGGGAGGCGUAGAUUCCAUCCCCAAAGGGUACAUCGUGAAAACUGUCGCUGUAGCUGCUUCUGGAAUUAACAAAGCAUUUCAGGAAUAUGGGCAUUUUCUUGAAACUCUCUACAAGACAAAAGCAAAAAGACAACAGUUACAGACAAGAUAUGUAUCUCUAAAUUACCUUGGCUAUUGGACAGAUAAUGGUGCCUAUUACUAUUACCAUACAGAGACUACCACAAACAAUAAUAGUAAGACCUACCAAGAUACGCUUAUUGACGUUCAAAAGUAUAGCGAGUCUGUCAGAUUACCUUAUGGGUAUAUACAGAUUGAUUCUUGGUGGUAUUAUAAAGGUUUUCAGGAUUCAGUAAAGACGUGGGAAGCCAGACCAGAUGUUUUUCCUAAUGGGAUCGGGUUUCUUCAUAGGAAAACAGGUCUUCAAAAUGAUAAUUGGAAAAUAUGUUUCUCUUAUUCAUAUUUGUAUGUAGUAAAAUUUCACAGUUAAUUGAUAGUUGCUCACAACAGAUAUUGGGGACAUGAUACAUCAUAUGCCAAGCAAAAUAAUGGAAGUUUCACUUUUAUUGUGGAGCCAGUUUUAUCUUUGCCUGAUGAUGAAAUGUUCUGGCCAAAUUUGUUCAGGACUUCCAAGAAGUGGGGUUUAGCAGUUUAUGAACAAGACUGGCUAGACAUCCAAACACUGGGUCUGGCCGCUCUUCAGACUGACCUCUAUCUGGGGGAGCGCUGGAUGACAAGAAUGGGAGGGGCGGCACAGGAACAGAACCUCACCAUGCAGCUCUGUAUGUCCCUCCCUCGUCACGCCCUGACCAGUGUUACUCUUCCCGCCAUUACGCAGGCAAGGGUGAGUCAAGAUUAUCAUUUAGAACCGGAGCAAUGGCGGAUUGGUAUAUCUUCAAUGUUGGCGUCUGCCAUAGGUUUGGCACCAUACAAAGACACUUUCUGGUCUACACAUCAACAAACUGGAAAUCCCCGGUACCCAGAUAUCAAUGAGCCCUACCCAGCACUGGAGGCGUUGGUAUCCACACUCAGUGCAGGACCUGUAGGGCCAGGAGACCAGAUAAAUAAUUCCGAUGUUGACCUUAUUAUGAGAUGCUGCGAUGGAAACGGUCGUCUGCUUAAACCGUCACGUCCUGCCACCGCCAUCGACAAACAAAUCAUUAAGGCUGCCAUACCUUCAGCUGACGGACCUGUUGGAGAAGUGUGGACUUCCUAUACAACUAUUGUCUCUGACCGACCACGUGACUUUGGUAUCCUCAUGGCAACCAAUUUGUCAUCCCCGUACACCGUCAGGAAUUCAGACACUGGUUUCCCUGACAGUCUGAGGUCAGCUUUGGUUUUUCCUUUUGGCUUACCAGAAAUGUGGCAACCGUUUGAUGACGAUCACCCAUUAGUUCUGGACAAUUGUACCCGUGAGGACUUCUGUUUGUACUUAUUUAGUGCAAGAGAAACGGGUUUGAAUGGAACAGAUAUCGUUAUAUUUGGAGAAAUUUCUAAAUGGGUGCCUAUGUCACCUGAGAGGGUUACUAACAUUGUUCAUGCGGAAAUCAACAUGCGGGUUGGGGUCAGAGGUAAACCGGGAGAAACGGUUACCAUGGCAUUCUUAGUAAAUAACUCAACACGCCGGUCUUCAUGUAAGAUCGAUACAUCAGGUACAGCGAUGUUGGAUGCAUUAUAUGGAUGCAGUCCAAGUGGUGCAACAUCUCAUCAACCGCACGGACCAACUUCAGACUCCACAUCACAAAGUUUAUCCACAAAACAUUCUUCCUCACGUCAACCAACGUCGCAUGGACAGACAUCAGACCAGACGACACCUCACUCCUCAGCUAGUGUUCUUUAUAAACAUUACAGCUUAUGGCUUCUGAUCUCCAUGUUUAGUUUAGCAAUCAUUUAG